AUGCCCCGAUCAUCCAGUGACACAGCAACCUCCUCCGGCCCAUCUCAACACCCUUUUUUUCGUGGUAAUAUUGGCCCUCCUCUCCGGACCUUCACAGACGCCGCCGCUGCACCAGCAGCCCGUGUCCGCAUCCUCCCCGCCAUCAAACACGACCACCGUGAACUAGAAGCACACAUCCACAAGAUCCUCCAAUCCACCGAUCCGGACGAACAAACCCGCUACCAAAACCAAUUCAUCUGGGAACUUGCCCGCCACACCAUCGGCGAAGAACUCGUCGUCUACCCCGCGCUCGCCAAACACGUGAAAAACGGACAAGCCCUCGCCGACAGGAACCUCAGUGAACACCAGGGCUUGAAAGAACAGCUAAAGAGUUUCCAGAGCCUCUCGACGACGGAUCCGCGAUUUAAGCCGGCAUUGCAGGGCCUUUUGGAGGAUUUGGAGAAACAUAUCGAGCAGGAGGAAGGGGAGAAUUUGGUGCAGUUGGAGGAGGAGCUUUCGAGGGCGGAGAGUGAGGCGUUGACUAGGUCGUUGGAUCGGACGAAGAUGUUUGUGUCGUCGAGAUCGCAUCCUACGGCACCGAAUAAGCCGCCGUUUGAGACGGCGGUGGGACUGUUGACGGCGCCGAUUGAUAUGGUGGCUGAUUUGUUUAGGAAGUGGCCGCAUCCUGACGGGGAGUAG